UCUCCACUAUUGUUCGAGACGGCCGGUUUGUCUGCCGUGUGUGCGCUGUGUGUAUUCCCGUAACGAGCGAGCGAGUGUUUUUUUUUUUUUUUGUGUGUGUAUGAUAAUAUAUUCUGUGUGUGCGCGAGCGCGUGUUUGAACCCCGAGUUUAAAUAAAUAUCACCAUCGCCCACCGCGGACGGGCUCGUUUUGGUUUGUUUUCGAAAAUGUGGUAAAAUCUCGACGGUCAAUCACGAAUUCGAAACCGGAAUCGUCACCCAACAUAUCAUACCUUUCGUCUAAAUACACAAUUGUUGUGUAGUGUGUUAUUGUCGUCAGGCUAACACCUACGAGUCAAACGCCGACUAAACUCAACUGAACGAACAUGCCUUGUUCCGCAGUAACUCUUUCGCUGGCCACCAUCACGGCCAUAGUGGCCACGGCUUUACUGGCCAUCGCUUUUUCCACCGACAAUUGGGUGUACUACGAAGUUAGAAGGAAUCAAAUUCAAAAUGCCGUUAACCAGCGUAGUCAAACUUCAGUACUAGAACAAAUGAACAAAUAUUUCUAUUUUACAAGAACGAAGGGUCUUUUUAGAAUAUGUUAUCCCAAGGACAGACCUCCAGCAGUUGAAACCUAUUUGAGUCCUGUCGAAACACAUUGUAUGAAUGUCGAUUAUUUCUUCUUGGACCCGGAAAAUCAUACACAUGAGUUUUCUGAAGACGCCAUGACCAGAUUGCACAUGGGCCGAUCAACAAUUGCCUUAUUCAUAGUGAGCUUUUUCGUAAUGUUUAUCGCUUUUUGGACCGGAGUCGCGGGUUGCUGGAGAAGAUCGCCCGGUAAUAUCACGGCAACUGCAAUUUUAGUGCUAUUGGCAUGCCUACUUAGCGCUGGCGCUAUGGGAUUCUGGCACGGUGUGGAAUACUAUGAAAAGGAACGUGUAGUAGGAGACGAGUUUUACCAGCAGUGGAAUAGCAUCCUUAAGGACAAUACGCGUAUAUCUUACGAUUGGUCGUUCUUCAUGGCGUGGACUGGCGUUGCAUUUUCUUUGGUGUCUGCUAUACUAUUUUCCGGCGCCGCAAUCUGUCUACGAGGCGAACGCGAGAGAGAAGAGGCUCUCAACAUGCAAUACUUAAUGCCUGUAUACCCACAAAAACAACAAUAUGCUUACGCUGGAUACCCGACACCAAAUUCGUAUCCAUCGGGACCCUACUACCAUGGACAACAACAACAACAACAACAACAACCACAAUACGCCGGCCACUACAAUUACUAGGCAAAUCGUUGUAUAAGCUGGACCAGUCAGUUUAAAUUAUACAUUUUUUUGUCCAGCCAAUUUAUUAUAUACAUUCGACAAAAAAAAAAACAGAAGACGUAUAGUUAUAUAUACUCUAUACCUUUGUAAAAUUGGCUGAACAUUAUAAAUACUAUUGUUUUACGACCGCACAUUUCAUUGAGAUUUUUUAUGAAUACUUACAAUUUGUGUGAUCUUAAAACAAUAACUCGUAACUAUAAUUUAUAAAUACGUUUCUAUAAGCUCAUAUAUUAUUAUACUUGACAGAAUAUUCCACCUAAGUUGCUCAAAAAAAAAAAAAAAAUAA